GUUUUGCGCAUUUCCUGCAGCUCGCGCUCACUCACGGAUUCAUGAGAGAGAGGCGACGGGAAACAGGGGGCGCGCGCAGGCACUGAAGAGAGGAAAAAACGAACGCGAGCAGAGCACCGUGAUGUAUUUGGGGUGCUCGUGAGCCCGAAAAAUACUGCAUUGAGGGGGCAAUAAGGCAUUGUUUUCCGAGAGUACGCGCAAAUAUCGCGGUACCGUCAGGUCGAAGCAAGGAGAUUAUCCCAGAGAAGAGCGAGCGAGGGGCUGGAGGACGGAGCACCAAUCCCGGAUGGCUAGGCGCGGCUGCUCGCGCUCUCUCCCACCCUGACCCGGGAGAGACACACGGACCGUGGGCACGCUCGGGGGCUUCACGUGAACCCAACCGGAGCUCGUUAACCCGCAUUCGCCCUUUCUGUCGUUUUAUAUCUCGGCCUGUGUCCGCUGUGAAUCUUGUGUGGCGCACGGGACCGACCAUAAACAAACAAGGCAGCUGCUCGGGUGGGAGAGUGUUAAGCAAGCGACCUCUGAAGGGUGUGUGUCUGCGUUGUUACUGCGUUAUUCAGCCCAUUAGAGAUCAGCUGGACUGUAAGUGUUUGUGUGUGGAUAAAACAGGUCUGGGAUGUGGCUGUACUAGAGUGAGAGUCCAAGGAACCAGCGGCAUUAUGGGAAGUAGCAGGACUGUGCAGUGACCCCGCUUAUUGGAAGGAAACACUCUGUGUACAGGAACAGGCACACUAGCCUGAACACACGCACACGCAUCCUCUUAUAUAUACACUACGCACACACACAUCCCAGCAGCCAUGCCUGUCUUCAGUGGCCUGUUGAAGGUGCGAGUGUGUGAGGCAGUGGAUCUGAAGCCCACACCUUGGGCCCUGCGUCACGCUGUGGGGAAGAGCGGCUCCUUCCUGCUGGACCCUUACCUGGCCCUGAAUCUGGACCAUACCCGGCUGGGCCAGACCGCCACUAGGACCAAGACCAACAGCCCCGCCUGGCACCAGGAGUUCUGCACUGAGGUCCGUGAGGGAAGGAGUCUGGAGCUGUCUGUCUUCCAUGAUGCACCCAUCGGAUAUGAUGACUUUGUGGCCAAUUGCACCAUCCAGUUGGAAGACCUGCUGCAGAACGGGACUAGGCACUACGAGGACUGGAUUGACUUGGAGCCGGAGGGGAAGGUGUACGUGGUCAUUGAUCUGUCCGGAUCCUCCACUGAAGCCACAGGGACCAAUGAGAAUGAGGAGCGGGUGUUUCGAGAGAGGAUUGGCCCUCGCCGGCGACAGGGCGCCGUCCGAAGACGUGUCCAUCAAGUCAACGGACACAAGUUCAUGGCCACAUACCUGAGGCAACCAACCUACUGCUCACAUUGCAGAGAUUUCAUCUGGGGCGUGCUGGGGAAGCAGGGAUACCAGUGUCAGGUGUGCACGUGUGUCGUCCACAAGCGCUGCCAUGAGCUCAUCAUCACCAAGUGUGCCGGGAUGAAGAAGCAGGAGGACACACCUGAGGAGGUGGGUUCACAGCGGUUCAGUGUUAACAUGCCCCAUAAGUUCAGUAUUCACAACUACAAGGUGCCCACCUUCUGUGACCACUGUGGCUCCCUGCUGUGGGGCCUCAUGAGGCAGGGCCUGCAAUGCAAAGUGUGUAAGAUGAAUGUGCACAGGCGGUGUGAGUCCAAUGUAGCUCCUAACUGCGGUGUGGAUGCCCGAGGAAUCGCCAAGGUCCUGGCUGACCUCGGAGUCACGCCUGACAAGAUCUCCAACACCGCACUGCGCAGAAGGAAGUUGACUCCAGGGCAGGACCCUCCCCAGUCUCCUCCUGAUCUCUCCCAGACUGAGGACAACAGCUUCAGCCAGACAGCUGUCCCCACCUCCCCCUCACAGCAGGACUUGGCACAGUUAGUGCGCCUGCAGGACGCGCUGUCGCUCGACCAGCAGGGACCCCAACACACCUCCUCCUCCUCCUCCUCUUCCUCCUCCUCCACCACCUCCUCCUCAUCCUCCUCCUCGGCAGGCAGGGAGAACGGACAGAUCCAGAGAAGGACCCUCAAGGACUUCAACUUCAUCAAGGUUCUCGGCAAAGGCAGCUUCGGCAAGGUGAUGCUGGCGGAGCUGAAGGGGACAGAGGAAGUUUUCGCUGUCAAGGUCUUGAAGAAAGACGUGAUCCUGCAGGACGAUGACGUGGACUGCACCAUGACCGAGAAGCGCAUCCUGGCCCUUGCCCGCCGACACCCCUACCUCACCCAGCUGUACUGCUGCUUCCAGACACGGGACCGUUUGUUUUUUGUUAUGGAAUAUGUGAACGGAGGCGACCUGAUGUUCCAGAUUCAGCGAUCCAGGAAGUUCGAUGAGCCUCGCUCUCGUUUCUACGCCGCAGAAGUCACCUCAGCCCUCAUGUUCCUGCACCGCAACGGGGUCAUCUACAGGGAUCUGAAGCUGGAUAACAUCCUGUUGGAUGCAGAGGGACACUGUAAACUGGCAGACUUCGGCAUGUGCAAGGAGGGCAUCAAGAACGGCGUGACCACCACCACCUUCUGUGGCACCCCUGACUACAUCGCCCCUGAGAUCCUUCAGGAGCUGGAGUACGGAGCCUCGGUGGACUGGUGGGCUCUGGGCGUGCUGAUGUACGAGAUGAUGGCCGGGCAGCCUCCGUUUGAAGCUGAUAAUGAAGAUGACUUGUUCGAGUCGAUUCUCCAUGACGACGUCCUCUACCCCGUGUGGCUCAGCAAAGAAGCAGUUUCUAUCCUCAGAGCGUUCAUGACUAAGAACCCGGCCAAGCGUCUGGGCUGUGUGGUGACGCAGGGCUGCGAGGAGGCCAUCAAAGCCCACGCCUUCUUCAGAGAGAUCGACUGGGUCCUGCUGGAGCAGAGGAAGGUCAAACCACCCUUUAAACCCCGAAUUAAGACAAAGCGAGAUGUGAAUAACUUUGACCAGGACUUCACCAAGGAAGACCCCGUGUUGACGCCCACGGACGAGGCCAUCAUCAGACAGAUCAACCAGGAGGAGUUCAAAGACUUCUCCUACUGCGCCCCCGAAGAGGCGCAGACCUAAACACACACACACCAACCACACACACACACCACACACACACACACACACACACACACACACACACACCACACACA